UCUUGGGGCCCCUUCUCCUUCUUCUUCGCUUCACACGACAGACGGCAAACAUAUGCAGCUUUUGCCAUAUUUAUACCUCCUCUCAAGUCUCAUCUUUGCUCGGUCAGUGCCACCGUCCCAUUCUUAUCCCCAGAAGCUUCGACAAAAGUGAUCGAUCUCCCACCGCAUCGCCUCCCUUCUCGCCGCUUCUCUUCUCUUCAUGCGCCAUCGCCACCUCCUCCACCUCUGCAACACCCACAGAUAGGAGGAGGGGAGGAUUGCUUGGCGAUGCCUUCUCUCUCCUGCCACAACCUCCUCGACCUCGCUGCGGCCGACGAGGUGCCCCUGCCGUCGCCGACGCCGCUCCGCCUCCUGCGCGUCAUGUCCGUCGCGUCCCCCACCUCGCCCACCUCUCCGUCACCGCCCGCCCCGCCGCGCCGUGUGAUCGUCUCCCACCGGCUCCCGCUCCGCGCGGCGCCCGACCCAGCAUCGCCGUUCGGGUUCUCAUUCUCCGUCGACGCCGGCACUGUCGCCUACCAGCUCCGCUCGGGGUUGCCUGCCAACGCUACGGUCCUCCACAUCGGCACCCUCCCUCCUGCCGCCACCGAGGCGGCCUCCGAUGAGCUCUCCAACUACCUGGUGGCGAAUUUCUCGUGCCUGCCGGUGUACCUGCCCAGCGACCUCCACCGCCGGUUCUACCAUGGCUUCUGCAAGCACUAUCUGUGGCCGCUCCUCCACUACCUCCUCCCGCUCACGCCGUCGUCUCUCGGCGGCCUCCCGUUCGACCGCACUCUCUACCACUCGUUCCUCUCGGCGAACAGGGCCUUCGCCGACCGCAUCACGGAGGUGCUCACCCCCGACGAGGACCUCGUCUGGAUCCACGACUACCACCUCCUCGCGCUCCCCACCUUCCUCCGCAAGCGCUUCCCGCGCGCCAAGGUUGGGUUCUUCCUCCACUCGCCGUUCCCCUCCUCGGAGAUCUUCCGCACCAUACCCGUCCGGGAGGACCUCGUCCGCGCCCUCCUCAACGCUGACCUCGUCGGCUUCCACACCUUCGACUACGCGCGGCACUUCAUGUCCGCGUGCUCGCGAUUGCUCGGCCUCGAUUACCAAUCUAAGCGCGGUUACAUCGGCAUCGAGUACUACGGCCGCACGGUGACGGUCAAGAUUCUGCCCGUUGGGAUCGACAUGGGACAGCUGAGAUCGGUGGUCUCGGCGCCGGAGACGGGGGAGGUGGUGCGGCAGGUGGCGGAGGCGUACAAGGGGCGGCGCCUGAUGGUGGGCGUCGACGACGUCGAUCUGUUCAAGGGCAUUGGGCUCAAAUUCCUGGCGAUGGAGCAACUGCUCGUCGAGCACCCGGAGCUCCGCGGCCGCGCCGUGCUCGUGCAGAUCGCCAACCCGGCGCGCAGCGAGGGGCGCGACGUGCAGGGCGUUCAGGACGAGGCCCGGGCCAUCAGCGCCCGGGUCAAUGCGCGGUUCGGCUCCCCCGGGUACACGCCGGUCGUGCUGAUCAACCGCCCGGUUACGGCGCACGAGAAGGCGGCGUACUACGCGGCCGCCGAGUGCUGCGUGGUUAACGCCGUGCGCGAUGGGCUCAACCGGAUACCGUACACCUACACGGUGUGCCGGCAGGAGGGGGACGACGCGCCCAAGCGGAGCGUCAUCGUGCUGUCGGAGUUCGUCGGGUGCUCCCCGUCGCUCAGCGGGGCCAUCCGCGUCAACCCGUGGAGCGUGGAGUCCGUCGCGGAGGCCAUGAACGCCGCGCUGCAGAUGUCCGUGGCUGAGCAGCGGCUGCGGCACGAGAAGCACUACAGGUACGUGAGCUCCCACGACGUGGCUUACUGGGCGCGGUCGUUCGACCAGGACCUGCAGCGAGCCUGCAAGGACCAUUUCUCGAGGCGGCAUUGGGGUAUCGGGUUCGGCAUGAGCUUCAAGGUGGUGGCGCUUGGCCCGAAUUUCCGGCGGCUCUCCGUCGAGCACAUUGUGCCGUCCUACCGGAGGACGGACAGUCGACUCAUCCUCUUGGACUAUGACGGCACCGUGAUGCCGGAGAAUUCGAUCGAUAAGACGCCCAGCAGUGAGAUCAUUUCCGUCUUGAAUCUUCUCUGUGAAGACCCCAAGAACAGGGUGUUCAUUGUGAGCGGGAGAGGGAAGGACGAACUGAGCAAGUGGUUCGCGCCGUGCGAGAAGCUGGGGAUCGCCGCCGAGCACGGUUACUUCACCAGGUGGAGCAGGGACGCGCCAUGGGAUACCUUAGGGUUGGCUGCAGAUUUCGACUGGAAGAAGACCGCUGAGCCAGUUAUGCAGCUGUACACAGAGGCGACAGAUGGCUCCUACAUCGAGCAGAAGGAGAGCGCUAUAGUUUGGCAUCACCAUGACGCGGAUCCGGACUUCGGCUCAUGCCAGGCGAAGGAGCUGCUCGACCAUCUCGAAAACGUGCUUGCCAACGAACCCGUGGUUGUGAAGAGGGGCCAGCACAUCGUCGAAGUUAAUCCUCAGGGCAUAAGCAAAGGAGUGGCUGCGGAGAGCCUUAUGUCGUCCAUGAUCAAAACCGGCAAGCCGCCGGAUUUCGUGCUGUGCAUUGGCGACGACCGGUCCGACGAGGACAUGUUCGAGAGCAUCGUGUGUCCGUCGAACAGCAGCGUUAAGCUCCCGGCGACCAGCGAGGUGUUCGCCUGCACGGUCGGCAAGAAGCCGAGCAUGGCUAAGUACUACCUCGACGACACCGUGGAUGUGAUCAAGAUGCUGCAGGGCCUGGCCAAUGCGCCGUCGCAGCGGCCGAGGCCGGCGGUGCAGCUCCGGGUCUCGUUCGAAGGUUCACUGUGAGAAAGGAUUUUGUUGCACAGUACUACAAACCGAGGAGGAAUAACCAAGGAUGAUAAAGAUUCAGACAUCAGUCGUGUGGUUUAGGAUUAGCUGCAGUUACAGGAUUAAAAGGUUUUUUCUUUCUUUCUUUCUUCAUUUCCAGCCUCCUCCUUUCGUGCCUGUAUAUACCCGUAUGAUAAUAUGCAAGAAGGUUUCGAUCACCUUGUAUAUGUAGUUGACGAUGACGAUGAAAUCAGAAAUAGAAAAGAAAAAAAUGAUUCUUUCA